UGCCUGCAAAACACGGCAGCUUGGACAAAACUAUCGAUACAAAUGUGUUAUAUACAGUAUGCCGUCCAUAUCGUGGUGCGUACGCAAUGGAUCGAUCUCGCAUAUAAGAUGGGUCAUAAAAUUGAUUCACCGACUAAGGCUCAGAAAAAGUGCCUGUAUUUGUGGGGCUUCGAUAAAAGUUCUGUCUUGCUUUUUUCCUGCGCUUUUUUGCCAUGACGAAUCUCGGAAACAAGAAAUUAACCAUCUGCAUUGACAGAGGAGGCACAUUUACUGACUGCAUUGGCUUUCUCGGAAAAGCCGGUGAGGAAGACUAUCAAGAGUUUGUCGUGAAACUUUUAUCGGAAGAUCCCGCUAAUUACGCUGACGCGCCAACCGAGGGUAUUCGCCGCAUUGUGGAGCAAGCCACUGGCAUCAAGCACCCUCGCAAUGAACCGGUGCCCACAGACAAUAUUGAGAGCGUGCGAAUGGGAACCACUGUCGCUACCAAUGCUUUACUGGAACGCAAAGGCGAACGUUGUGCCUUGCUGAUAACGAAAGGUUUCAAAGACUUGUUGGUCAUUGGCAACCAGUCCAGACCCAAGAUUUUCGAUUUAUCCAUCAGCAAGCCUGAUGUAUUGCAGCAAGGCGUGAUUGAAAUUGAUGAGCGAGUUAUGCUAGUGAAUUCUUUGGCCUCGGUGGACCGUGUAGAGGAACCACACAAGUUGGAGGAUGCCAUGGAAGGCAUUUCGGGCGAAUGGGUCAAGAUUCUUCGUGAACCAGACAUGUCCGUCGUAAAGCAGCAAUUGCAAAAGUUACUGGAUGAUGGCUAUCGAAGCAUCGCUGUCUGUUUGAUGCAUUCAUAUACCUUUCCUGGACAUGAGCAGGCCAUUGGUGACCUGGCAAAGAAGAUGGGAUUUUCCCACGUAUCACUGUCCAGCGAAGUGAUGCCUAUGAUCAAGAUCGUUCCCCGAGGAACUUCGGCCACGGCGGAUGCUUACCUUACGCCUUGUAUUCAGAAUUACAUCAAAGGUUUUGUCAGUGGAUUUGAUGAUGGCUUCGAAAAAGGAACUUCGACGUUGCAAUUCAUGCAAAGCGAUGGUGGUUUGGUCCCGGUGAAUAAUUUCUCCGGUUUCAGAGCCAUCCUGUCCGGCCCUGCCGGUGGCGUGGUCGGGUAUGCCUUGACAACCUACGAUGAAAAAGACAAGACACCCGUCAUUGGUUUCGAUAUGGGCGGCACCAGUACAGACGUCUCGCGUUUUGAUGGUCACUAUGAGCAUGUGUUUGAGACAACCACCGCCGGUGUGACUAUCCAAGCCCCUCAGCUCGAUAUCAAUACAGUCGCUGCAGGUGGUGGAUCCAUGCUAUUCUUCAAAAAUGGCAUGUUUGUCGUGGGUCCCGAGAGCGCGGGUGCUCAUCCUGGUCCCGCAUGCUACAGAAAGGGCGGCCCGUUGGCUGUCUCAGACGCCAAUUUGUUCCUUGGUCGAUUGUUGCCCGAUUAUUUCCCAAAGAUUUUCGGCCCCAAUGAGGAUGAGCCGUUGGAUAUUGAAAUUGUGCGUCAAAAAUUCUCUCAACUGGCCAACGAAAUUAAUAAGCAUACGGGCGAGUCGAAAUCAUUGGACGAAAUUGUAUACGGUUAUAUCAAGGUGGCCAACGAAACCAUGUGUCGACCAAUUCGUGCCCUGACGGAAGCAAAGGGCCAUGAUACCAGUAACCACGUUUUGGCCGUCUUUGGCGGAGCGGGUGGCCAGCAUGCUUGCGGCAUUGCACGUAAUUUGGGUAUUUCGAAAAUUGUGCUUUACCGACACAGCUCAAUUUUAUCGGCUUUUGGCUUGGCGUUGGCGGAUGUUGUGCAUGAACUGCAGGAGCCUUCUGCCGAGACUUUGACAGCAACUUCGAUUCCUGGACUUCGGGAACGUAUUGAAAACUUAUCGGCGCGCUGUCGCGAGGAGCUUUCUUCCCAAGGAUUUGCAGAGGAUAACAUUGAAACCGAAGUGUACCUCAACCUACGAUAUGAAGGCACCGACUGUGCACUAAUGACCUUGCAACCUACCCAUAACCAAGAUGACCCAUGGAACUUUGAAGCCGAGUUUGUAAAACUGUAUGAACAAGAAUUCAGCUUCUCUUUCCCCGAUCGAGCCAUCAACGUAGAUGAUAUCCGUGUUCGCGGUAUCGGUAAAACGAUGAAGCACGAUAAUUUGACAGCUUAUCAAGAAAUCGCCGAUUUGGAAUCGCAAGGCAAGGUGAAGCCUGUAGACGAUGCUGCGCGGGACAGCUUUACAUCUGUUUAUUUCGAAUCCGGUCGUGAUGAUAAAGUCCCUGUGUUCCAGCUCACCAAUUUGGCGCCAGGAUCGUUGGUAUCAGGUCCCGCCAUCAUUAUCGAUAAAACGGCCACCAUCGUUGUUGAACCUUUCUGUACCGCAUUGAUCACGUCUCAGCAUAUUACCAUCACUGUAGGCAAAGGAGAAAAGAAAAAAGUGACCACAGAAAUGGAACCGAUUCAACUAUCGAUCUUUUCUCAUCGUUUCAUGAGUAUUGCGGAACAAAUGGGAAGAACGCUUCAAAAGACGGCCAUCAGUACCAAUAUCAAAGAAAGAUUAGAUUUCUCCUGUGCGCUCUUUGGAGCGGACGGUGGACUCGUGGCCAAUGCGCCUCAUAUUCCUGUCCAUUUGGGUGCCUUGAGCCAUGCAGUAACGUAUCAAAUGAAUUACUACAAAAGCAACUUGCAUGAAGGCGACGUGAUCAUGACAAAUCAUCCCGCUGCUGGAGGAUCGCAUUUACCAGAUAUUACGAUUAUUACACCCGUUUUCAACGAAGGCGAAAUUGUAUUCUUUGUUGCGUCCCGAGGACAUCAUGCCGAUAUUGGAGGCAUUUCUCCCGGUUCAAUGCCACCGCAUUCGAAAGAGCUUUAUGAAGAAGGAGCUGCUAUCAAGUCGUUCAAAAUCGUAUCUGGUGGUAAAUUUGACAUGGAAGGUUUGGAAAAAUACUUGUGUGAAAUUCCUGCGUCUUUCCCUGGUUGUUCCGGCACGCGUUCACUGCGUGAUAACAUCUCUGAUCUCAAAGCGCAAAUUGCCGCCAAUCACAAAGGUAUUACGCUGGUGAAAUCUUUGAUUCAAGAGUACUCUCUGGAAGUGGUUCAAGCGUACAUGAUGCAUAUUCGUCGUAAUGCGGAGUUGGCCGUACGCAAUUUGCUCAAGCAAGUGGCUUUGGAUCGCAAGGGUGAAGAUCUUGUGGCGGUCGAUUAUAUGGACGACGGUACCCCCAUUUGUUUGCGUGUGCUUAUCAAUGACAAGGACGGAACCGCCACAUUCGAUUUUGAGGGCACAGGUGCAGAAGUGUAUGGCAAUACAAAUACACCGCAGAGCGUGUGCCACAGUGCCAUCAUCUAUUGUAUUCGUUGCCUUGUAGGACAAGACAUUCCUCUGAACUCGGGAUGUCUCGAACCGAUUGAUAUUCGCAUCCCCGCUCGUUCCAUUCUCAGUCCUUCGGAAGACAGUGCCGUCGUCGGUGGCAAUGUGUUGACGAGUCAACGUAUCGUCGACGUUGUACUGAAAGCGUUCAACGCUUGCGCGGCUAGCCAAGGAUGUUGUAACAACCUCACCUUUGGCAAAGAAAAUACCAAGGAAGAAACAGGAAAGACUGGACCAGGAUGGGGUUACUAUGAAACCAUUGCAGGAGGUAGCGGUGCUGGCCCUGAUUGGAACGGACAAAGCGGUGUACAUACACAUAUGACGAAUACACGUAUCACGGAUCCAGAAAUUCUGGAACGAAGAUAUCCUGUUUUAUUGAGAGAAUUCUCUAUUCGUCAAGGUUCUGGAGGAAAUGGUUUAUUCCACGGCGGCGACGGUGUUGUCCGUGAUAUUGAAUUUUUGGAAAACGGUAUCCAGGUAUCCAUCUUGUCCGAGCGUCGUGUGUUUAGACCGUACGGUCUGAUGGGAGGCCAAGAUGGUCAAUCCGGUAUCAACUACUGGGUGCGCAAGAACGAAGACGGCACGGAACGCUUGGUGAAUCUGUCCAGCAAAAACUCGGCCUUGUUUAGCAAGGGAGACCGCAUCAUUAUUGAAACGCCAGGCGGAGGAGGUUACGGUCAUGCAGACGGUAACGCUAAUAAGCCUCUUUUCGCCAAAGUUACCCAAGGCUUGAACAACUUGGUCAAAGCAGGAGGUAGCCUGGGCCUUCACAAGGCUUUAUCUGAAAGCAACUAGGGCAGGGUAGAAAAAAGACUACGUACAACCUGCAACUCUUCCCUGAAUGUGUAAUCUUUAGAAAAAUGUGCAAAAAGGGAAAAAACGAUAUCGAUAUAUUCGCAC